AUGUGGUCGUGGUCGUGGCCCCGGGCCGGGCUGUUGACGGCCGCCGCGUUGCUGGCCCUGGCAAGCGGGCAGAUCCCCAGCCUGUGCUCGGGCCCCGAGCAGCUGUGGAGCCGCCGCUGCUGCCCGGCGUGGUGGGCCGACGGCUCGGCCUGCGGCAACGUGUCGGGCCGGGGCUGGUGCCGGCGGCUGGAGCGGGCGGGAGAGCAGCGGGCAGCCGCGGGGAGCGGGGCCGGCGGUGCCGACUUUCGCCUGGGCUGGCCGGGCUACUUCUACGAGGAGGUGUGCGAGUGUAGGCCGCGUUACCAUGGCAGCGACUGCGGGGAGUGCGCGGCGGGCUGGGCCGGGCCCGGCUGCCGGCGGCCGCACCUGGUGAAGCGGCUCAACCUGUGGGCCAUGCCCGAGGCCCAGCGGGACCGCUUCCUCGACCGCCUGCUGCAGGCCAAGCGCACCGACAGCCUGCGGUACCUGAUCUACGGCAGCGCCAGCCCCAGGCCCGGCUCCCCGCUGUGCCUCCGCCGUGCCAGCAUCUACGACGUGUUCGCCUGGGCCCACUACGUGUGCGUCAAGCGCCGCGGCGACGGGCAGCCCGGCUCCUUCGCCCACCGCGGGCCCGCCUUCCCCUGCUGGCACCGCGCCUACCUCCUCUUCUUCGAGCGGGAGAUGCGAAACCUGACCGGCGACCCCGACUUCUUCGUUCCCUACUGGAGCUGGGCCGGGCAGCCCGCCUGCGACGUCUGCGUCGACACCAUCUUCGGCUCCAGCAACGCCAGCGGCCUCCUCAACCAGGCGUCGCGCUUCCAGCAAUGGCCGACGUUCUGUUUGGAAGAGAGCUCCCACGAGCUGGACUUUGAGCUGGUUUGCCCGCCGGGUCCCAAGCGCCUCAUCCGCCGCACGCCGUCCGUGAGCGGCGAUCUGCCCAGCCUACAGGACGUGCGCUCGAGCCUUCUCCUGCCCAUCUAUGACACGCACCCCUACAACGAGAGCGCCCUGGGAUCCUUCCGCAACACGUUGGAAGGGUUCCUGCUGCCUAGUGACCCCCAGACCCUCUACCCCAGCAUGCACAAUAUGGUUCAUUAUUUCUGCGGUGGGACAAUGUCAAAUGCGGCUUAUUCGGCCAACGACCCUCUCUUCCUAUCUCAUCACGCCUACAUCGACAAGAUCUUUGAGAUGUGGCUUCGUUCCCACCCAGGAAACUCCAUUUAUCCGCGGGAUCCUUCCAUCCCACAUGGCCACCGUGCUGAUGAUACAAUGCCACCUUUUAUCCCAGUGGUGGCCAACCAAGACUUCAUGAAGAGCUCGCUGGAGUUCGGCUACACUUACUCGGAAAUGACCACCUGAGCUGACAGCCCUGUUCUUUGCACUCCUGCCCAAGUGGGACAUGGGCAUGUGAAGAGUGAAACUAACAGCUGCCAAUCUCCUGCUUCUCUUCUUUGCCCCCCCUCUCCCCCCACGACCGAGUUACCUUCAGCACCUGCGACCAAAACCACAGCAAGAUUUCAAGAUGAGCCCCGAGUUACCCCACUUAGAAAUAUGACAAAAAUGCUGGAGAAACUCAGCGGGUGAGGCAGCAUCUAUGGA